CUUCUUCAUCCUCGACAUCAACGACAAUUCACCUUUUCGCUUGCCAAAUCUUCCAGUGUCUACGACUGACGCGCUCUCUAACUUCCUCAAGGCACUACCUUCUUCUUCUUCACAACGAAAACGAACUCGACUACGAUAACGUCACCUCAACCGACACAACCCUGAGGACUCGACCUCUACGCAGAACACACUCAACCACACACAUAUCCACCCGCCAACAUGGUCGGCCUCGGACCACGGCGCAAGCCCAGCCGCAAGGGCUCCAUGGCAGACAUGCCACAGGACUUGCUUUCGGAGAUCAAGCGCUUGGAAGAGUUGUUCAUCGUGGACACCCCAAAGCUCAAGAGCAUCACCGAGCACUUCAUCUCGGAGCUGGCCAAGGGCCUCACAAAGGAGGGCGGCAGCAUCCCAAUGAACCCGACCUGGGUCAUGGGCUACCCGACUGGACACGAGACUGGCACUUUCCUCGCACUCGACAUGGGCGGUACCAACUUGCGCGUCUGUGAGAUCAACCUGCCAGAGGAGAAGGGCGAGUUCGACAUCAUCCAGUCCAAGUACCGCAUGCCAGAGGAGCUCAAGACCGGCAACGCCGAUGAGCUUUGGGGAUACAUCGCCGACUGUCUGCAACAAUUCAUCGAGUACCACCACGAGGGUGAGAAGUUGGACAAGCUCCCACUCGGCUUCACCUUCUCCUACCCAGCGACACAGGACUUCAUCGAUCACGGUGUGCUGCAGCGCUGGACCAAGGGUUUCGACAUUGAUGGUGUCGAGGGCAAGGAUGUCGUUCCGCCAUUCGAGGCUGCGCUACAGGAACGUGGCGUCCCAAUCAAAUUGACUGCACUCAUCAACGACACCACCGGUACCCUCAUUGCUAGCAGCUACACGGAUCCGGAGAUGAAGAUUGGAUGCAUUUUCGGUACUGGCUGCAACGCUGCGUACAUGGAGCACGCUGGUGAGAUUCCAAAGCUCGAGGACUGGAAAAUGGACCCGAAGCAGGAGAUCGCCAUUAACUGCGAAUGGGGUGCCUUUGACAACGAGCACAAGGUUCUCCCGCGCACACCAUACGACAUCAUCAUCGACAAGGACUCGCCUCGUCCUGGUCAGCAAGCUUUCGAGAAGAUGAUCGCUGGUCUCUAUCUUGGUGAGCUAUUCCGUUUGGUGCUUGUCGAUCUCCACGAGAAGAACGUCGUUUUCCAGGGCCAGGACAUCGCCGCGCUUCGCAAGCCCUACUCGCUCGAUGCCUCAUACCUCUCCGACAUCGAGAACGAUCCUUUCGAGAACUUGCAGGAGACCGCCGACAACUUCAAAUCCGUUCUCAACAUCACCACCAGCAAGCCUGAGCUCGAGUUGAUAAGACGACUGGCUGAGCUCAUCGGCACGCGGUCGGCGAGGUUGAGCGCAUGUGGUGUGGCGGCGAUCUGCAAGAAGAAGGGAUACAAGACUGCUCACGUCGGUGCUGAUGGUUCGGUGUUUAACAAGUACCCUCACUUCAAGCAACGCGGAGCAGCUGCUCUGAAGGAGAUUCUCGACUGGGAGACUGGCCGUGACGGCAAGCCGCUCGGCAAGGGCAACGACCCGGUGGAGAUCAUGCCGGCUGAGGAUGGUUCUGGUGUUGGCGCAGCCCUCAUCGCCGCUCUUACGCUCAAGCGCGCCAAGGAGGGCAAGCUCGAGGGUAUCCGUGAUGCCGAGUCCAUGCUCAAGGGUAUGUGAAUGAGAUAAGCACAGGUCUCGGCGACAAGGGAAGGAUUGGAACGGCAGGGAAGGGAGGAGCGGUGACGAGGUCUACAUGAUCCUAAGCGCAUCGAUGUGCGACAGCACUGGUGUGAAUGAGCUCCUUCUCCGGCAUGACUUUGGCUGCAGUUGUAUAUUUUGAGCUGGCAUUGACAUUAUGCUGCAGUCCGAGCUGGGUCGUGUUCCUAGCUGUCCUACAAUGGAACAAAUCAUGAC